AUGGACGACGUUGAGGAACGCGCGCGCGAGUUCGCGCUGCUCGACGAUCCCCUCACCGCCUGGCUGGAGUACAUCGAGACCCACCGCGCCAAGGCAGAGCUCCGGGAGCGGUGCGCCUCCGCGCUCGCGGACGACGCGCGCUACCGGAACGACGAGCGCUUCGUGCGGGUGUGGUUGGGCGUGGCUUCCGUCGCGUCGGAUCCGAAGCCCGUCUUCGCGGAGAUGGUGGUCAAGAACAUCGGCGCGGAGCUGGCCCUGUUCUGGGUGGCGCGGGCCUUCGUCGCGGAGAAGGCCAAGGAUUUUACGGAGGCGGAAUCGCUCUUCGCGCGCGGCGCGGCGCUGAACGCGAGGCCCCGGGACAUGCUCGCGAAGCGGCGGCGCGA